AUGUCCGAGGACGACAUCCCGUACCACGUCCGCGUCACCGACGACGGCGAUCUCCAGACCGUCGGCCGCUACGACUUCGACGGGCAGCUCGAGUGCCCCAUGAUCGCGCACCCCAAACUCGACCCCGCCACCGGGGAGCUCCACGCGCUCAGCUACGACGUCAUCAAGAAGCCCUACCUCAAGUACUUCUACUUCAAGGCCGACGGCACCAAGUCGGCCGACGUCGAGAUCCCGCUGGACCAGCCCACCAUGAUCCACGACUUCGCCAUCACCGAGAAUUAUGUCGUCGUGCCUGACCAUCAGGUGGUGUUCAAGCUGCAAGAGAUGCUGCGCGGCGGCUCGCCCGUGGUGCUCGACAAGGAGAAGACGUCCCGCUUCGGUGUGCUGCCAAAGUGCGCGGCGGACGCGUCGGAGAUGGUGUGGGUGGACGUGCCGGACUGCUUCUGCUUCCACCUCUGGAACGCGUGGGAGGAGGAGGAGAGCGACGAGGUGGUGGUGAUCGGCUCCUGCAUGACCCCCGCCGACUCCAUCUUCAACGAGUCGGACGAGUGCCUGGAGAGCGUGCUCACGGAGAUCCGCCUCAACACCCGCACCGGCGAGUCCACGCGGCGCCCCAUCCUGGCGCUGUCGGAGCAGGUGAACCUGGAGGUCGGCAUGGUGAACUCCAACCUCCUGGGCCGCAAGACGCGGUACGCCUACCUGGCCGUGGCCGAGCCGUGGCCCAAGGCGACGAUCCAGCUGCCGUCCCGGGUGCCGUACGGCUUCCACGGCACCUUCGUCACCGGCAAGGAGCUCGAAUCUCAGGCCUGA